AUGAAUUCAACAUUAACGGAUCCUUUCCACCGUCUUUCUUCUGGGAAUGUCAUUCAGGUUCUUGAGUCCUUCUAUGACUUUACUAGCCUGAACAGUCUACUACAGAUCUCCCCAAAGGCAGAUGAGUUUUUCAACACUUUCUAUAUCACGAUUACUGAGGCAGUCCUGGCCUCUUGCUCUAUGACAUUAGGGUUUAAUGGGCCUAUAAUAUCGGCAGUCAAAGUCCAUCGCCUCGCUUGUGCCUGUUAUGAUACAUUCACCGACAGUAUCAAGGAAGCCAAACCAGCCCGCCCUCCCUACUGUUAG